AUGCAAGAGGGUGCUGCUGAAGUGGAAGCCAUACGUCAGGGUGUGACAAGCUCCUUCCAGGUACCCGGGUGGGCCUUGGCAUGGCAGGGAUAUGGUGCCGACGAAGCGUGGGAACCUGGAAAUCUGACGGCAUCUGCACAAGACACCACAAAGGGAAAUACGGAGCCCCGCAGAGAGACUGGAGAGAACGUCUCCAUAGUCGUCACUGCUCGAUCCAUCGCCGGUACCUCGAAUUUUCACUCGUAG